UCGCGGCGGGAAUAUCGUUGUCGUGUGGAGUUGAAUCCUUUUAUUGCAUUCAGUUAUUCUCAGUUUUUCGUGAGCAUCUGGGGUUGUUUGGACCAGUCUUAGUCAUUGCAUUCAACUGGGGUUGGACCGCUGAAGGGAUGGUGGCUACUGUGAUUCUCAAUCCACAACCACCAGACAGAGGACCAUGACACAUCCUUGCCUCGCAUUACCACCGUCAACCUAAUCAAUCAAUCACCAAACAACAACCAAAACCAAACCCCCAGAAAAACCAAUGCAAUGCUUCUCCGUCUCCCCCGCCGCAAACUCCGCCGUCUCCUGAUCAUGCUCCUCCCUUUCCUCCUGACCCUCCUUCUCCUCACCCCCUUCUACAUCAUCUACAAGCCCCCUAACCUCCUCAUCCGCUACUUCCAACACCGCUGGCCCGACGUCCUCUUCCACCUCCCCCCACCUCCCAACCACCAUGCCUCAUCCACCGAAGGCCGCCAAAAACUCAUCGCCCUCACCAUCGACGACGCCCCCUCCCCCCACACCCUCGAGAUCCUCGACCUCCUCUCCCACCACGACGCCCACGCCACCUUCUUCCUCAUCGGCUCGCAGAUCCCCUCCCGCGAAGAGUCCCUGCACGAGCUCCUCCGCGCCGGCCACGAGCUCGCCAACCACGCCAUGCGCGACGAGCCCUCCCGCGCCCUCUCCCCCUCCGACCUGGAGGCCCAGAUCCUCUCCGUCCAGGACUCCAUUCGCGCCGCGUACUCGGUUGUCGGGCUGCGCGAGCCCGCGGGGAAAUACUUCCGACCCGGGUCUGGCUUCUUUAGCGCCGCGAUGAGAGACGUGGUCCGGAAGUUGGGGUUCCGCAUUGUCCUGGGGAGUGUGUAUCCGCAUGAUGCGCAGAUCCCGUGGUGGUGGGUGAAUGCGAGACAUGUGUUGAGUAUGGUCCGCGAGGGGAGUAUUAUUGUUUGUCAUGAUCGGAGGGAGUGGACGGUGCCGAUGCUGGGGGUUGUGUUGCCGGAGUUGAAGAGGAGGGGGUAUAGAGUUGUGACUGUGAGUGAGUUGUUGAAUGGGGUUGAGGGGGGAGAGGAAUCAUAGGGUUAUACUACAGGGCUGUGGCUCGGUAAUUUGAUCUCUCUAUAUAUACUAUUAUCUGUGGAAGACGGACGGCUGAUAUCGGCCAAUGGUCUGUUCUAUCUUGUUUUGAUUCGUUUCUGGUGUUACGGCAUGGCCAUUGGUCUUGGUUUCUUGGUCAAAUCAUUUCUUGUACAUACAUAUUUACUAUCUAGCGACUGCUCUAUAUCCAAUAUCCAAAUGGUGAUACACCGGUACAUUUUGCGUUGCGGGAAGCACAAGAAAGCAGAACCAGACAUGC